UGAUACAAUAAUGUUUUAAAAAUUUAAUAAAGACGAGCAAUUACAAAAUAUAAGUUAUAUAAUGAGAAUUAACAAAUUACGCGAUUAUGAAAUCCAAACAGCACUCCCCGUAAUUUCGAUUAAUUGCGUGUGGCCAAAACGAUUUGCGUCAUUACUGACAAUUGACGCACCACAAUUAUUUCAAUACGUUGGCUGACGGCGAAGCUCAACAGCGUAAUUUAGUCUGUAACAUCCUUAAGGACAUGAAACGAACAGCUUUCUGAAAAUACAAAUUUAGAGCUAAGCACUUUAUAAACUGAUACAGCAGCAGUGUCACUUCACAGUUAGUUUGGCCUUCAGUAAGCAAGACUCGAUCAGCAGUCAAUAAAUUUUAUUUUCACCUAUUUCGUAUACAAGCACACUUACCGUAAGGUACAGCAAAAUGAAGUGUAUUUGCAAGUGCUCAACUCUUAUUAUUUGGUUUGGCUACCUUCCCACGAUUUUGUAUGCAAUGUCUUUAAACCGGUAUGCGUCGGUGCUUUCCCGGCAAGCAGAUAGAACGUAUUACCCAACCCCGAAGUCUCUCUGCGACGUUGAACCAUACAGGUCAACUAGGUCCUGCUACCUUUUACGAACCAAUAAAAGACGAUUGCGGUCACUGUCGGAUAAAUACUUGCGCUAUGAUUUCAACUACUGGAAGAGAGUGGAAUCAACCGAUAUUGCAGUAACUUCCAGCCAUGACUUGAACACAAUCUUGCAAACUGGGACGAACAGCAGCAGGAAAAAAAGAUCGAUUGAAGCAAAAAGACGACAAAAAAGAAACACAGUCACUUACAAUCCAUGUUCGAACGAAAUUGCUGCCCGUACUACCAUGUUUUACGGAAGAGAUGCCAACACUGGUGAAGUACUUGAGAUUCUACAGAAUCCAGGUGAGAAAAGGAACAAAUAUAGAGCAGAUCUUGUUAACCGAGCAUUAUUAACCAAACCCUUAUUCACAGACCGGAGAUUGUACCAAACAUUUUUUACUCAUUCCUGCAGCGUACCUCGGUAUUUCUGGAUGGUUUGUGAGGUUCAUUACGUCAUCUAUCUUGCAGCGGUGUUCAAACCUAAUUCAGACACCGUUCAUGUGAGACCAGUCAAAAUCCCUACCAGUUGUGCGUUACGAGCGAUAAGAUGAUAAACCACGGGCUCAGAAAUGCUUCACCUUUCUUCCUGCAGCACAAGUUGUCACCUACCCUGAUACGAGGCAGCGUUUUUGACAAUAUUUUUCAUGCAUGACCAAAUAUUCUAUUGCCGAAAGUCAACAUUCAAAAGAAAAGUUGAUUGUGCACUCGCAUGGUACCAAUUUUGGCACCAACCUUAGAUGCCUGGGGUUCGGCCACAGGAAUUUGCCAGUUUUUAACAUAACAUUUGCUCUAUGGCGUGGCGCCCUCUAUAGCAAACAGGCAACAGUAUUAAGUUCUUUAACUCUACAGAAAGUCAAAGCUAUCAUUCCACCGUUUUGUGUUUUGGUAGUUAUCAGCUAUACUUUCUGUGAUCAUUUUAGAAUCGUUUUAGCAAAUUUACAACUAACACUUUACAACGAAACUUUAUUUAAGCUGACAGUGGUGUAACGAAUACUAUAAUUAGAUCAUUUAGAUGAUUUAAAUAUUUAGCUGCUUUAUUUAUAUUCGACAUGCAUUUUUCCACAAGUAAACUGGAAAAUACGCUGCAAGGAAAUUUUCUCUUUUUUACGUUUUUUUCGACAUACUUUAAAUAAACGAAAACCCAAAAGA